AUGCUGACCGCAGUUGCAACAAUGAUACAAUCUUCCACGAUAUCACCAGAGAUUCCUCACCAGCUGGCAUCAUCAACGCUCUUGGACAGCACCGCCCCCCGCAGGAGUAGGAGAACGGUCCACUUUCCUCGCCACACCAAAACAGUAACACAUGUGCUAUCACGAAGAGACUAUUCGAAAUCAGAGCUAAGGGAAUGCUUCUACACCCCUGACGAUCGAUAUCGAAUGGAAUCCGACAGACGGCGCCUCGUAAGGGGGUUGGAGAAAAAAGAGCAGAACAAGAAACAGCAGCCCUCUUCUCUACGAGGUUUGGAAUGCCAGACAAGAGAAGGGAGCAUACAAUCCGAGAAGCGUGUGUGGGCAGUCAUUGACAGUGUCCUAAAGGAGCAAGAUGAUCAGUUGGAACUCGAUGACUUCGACUGCAAACGAAUUGCAGCCGCUUCGCAGUCUAACUCUAGAGAAAGCGUACUGGUGGCACUUCGUGCUGCAAUUGGCGAUCAACGAGCUGCCUUCACUGUGUACCGUGAAUGGGCUUUGGACAACCGGGCGAUCUUCGAAGCUUCAGCUGAAGGCAAGCGAUCUUGCAGAUGGAGCAGCGAGUGA